CUCAUUUGCGUCAGUCCCAUGAUGGCUGAAGAUCCUGGAGGAACAUUUUUCGAUUGCUGUCCCACCUUUUUCUCUUUCUCUUUACCUCUGCUUGUCAUAGAGACAUGGCAGGACACACAGUCUCGAUAAGUGGCCACAGACCCCUUUUACCGUCAUGCCCAAGAAAGGGAACCGAAAACGGCUGAAAUUUCGGUCCGGGGACAUCUGCUCCGAGUCAGUGACUGUCGCUGAUUUUGCCAAUGCUGACCCAGCCAUUGUGAAGUCGGGGAGGGUGAAAAAGGCUGUUGCCAAUGCAGUUGAAAAAGAAGUGAAGUUGUUGUGUGGACUGGAGGCGUCGCAGGGUUCCUUACAGGAGGUGUUCUCUUCAGUGUCCAGCCUCACCGGAGACGCCCUUGAGAGUAGCGACGACCUCGACCCCGGGGAGGAUGGAGUGAACGAGCCUAAAGAGGCACGCAAGAAGAAAAACAAGAGAAGGAAAGAGUGCAGUGAGUGCAGUGAUGGGGAGGACUACACAGUGGAUAUCUGGCUGGUGCUGGCUUCUUAUAUCCGUCCAGAGGAUGUGUGUACUUUCGCUCUGAUCUGCAGAAACGCCUGGACCGUCACCUGCACUGCUGCCUUCUGGACCAGACUAUACAAAAGACACUACAGUCUGGAUGCUUACCUGCCGUUUCGUCUGCAGCCAGACUCCAUAGCAAGGAAGCGUUGUCUACGGGCUCGCGUGAUUUGCUCCCUCUUCCACCUGUAUGAGCCAUUCAGCUCACGUGUCUCCCUAAGCCCCGCCCUCCCCGAGUCCCCGCCCACCACGCUACUUAACUCCAAGUGUCUGCUGUUCUGGGUCAAUAAGGUUGUGGGCACUCGACCUGAGCCCAUGUGGGAGUUCAACUUCAAGUUUGUGAAGCCGGCGAUGAGGUGUAAGGCUGGCAGUGCCACCCGGGGUCUGCUGCUGCCCCGUCAGUAUGAGGAGGUCCAUGCCAACCCAGACUCGGACUGCUACCUGCUGCAGGUUACCACCCUCAACUUCAUCUUCACCUCAGUUGUCAUGGGGAUGACCCUUUCCCUGUUUAACGUCAAUGUGAAUGCGGACAUGCGUCACCACAGAGUGUGUCUGGUGUUCCAGGACUCUCCUCUCCAGCAGGGGAGGAGGAAAGGGGAGCAGGGGGGGACACAGGUGGUGCUGGACCCUGUACACAGCGUGAGACUCAUGGACUGGUGGCAUCCUCAGUACCCUUCAUCCCCCUACACCUAGAGCCCUCAUAUUAUCCCACAUGCUCCACACAACACCCAUUUAGUCCUAGAAAUCACUGUAACCGUAUGCUCGUAGACCUAGAACGCCCAAAACCAUCCACAAUACCGUCUCCCUGUACACCUAGAACCUUGCUUCACCUCACCCUUCUCCAGCCCCCAACACAGUCCUCUAGUGUAUUAUUGACAUCCCCCUACACCAAAAACCACCUACCUCCUCAGUACCCUAGCUCUCUAUAGACAAACCCUCAACUUCCAAUCCCCCUCACAUUGCCUACCCUCAGACCACCCUAUAAGUUUGUUGAACAGAUGUAGACAAUGUCAUUUCUUUUAAUAUUUCCUCUCUAACUGUGACCUCUUUAAGGGACUUUUGAUUUUACUUAUUGAUUUGACUAUUCUACGGGCCAAAAUUAAGAUUUUCUGCUUGCGUAAUUAUUUGAUUUGAUACCUCUAAUCAUUGCUUACUUUUAAAUUGUAAUUUUUAAACCCCCAUCUCCUGAUUCAUCCCCUGUGUAUUCUCCUCAGGAAGUAAUGUCAGUUCUGAGGCUGCUGCAUUGUAGCGGAGCAGCAUUUUAUAUCCUGCCUCUGUCUGUUAGAAUGUUUAUGAACACCAGGAGACCAGUCGUAUGUAAACAAUGACCAGUAGAAACAUGUCAUUCAUGCUUAAUUUCUAAAAAAAGGGGGUGUAUUUGAAGAAUCAACAUAUAAUACCCACAGGAGACUAUUUCAGUUCUACUAUUUACUUUACUUUUACUUUUUGUUGUUGAUCAGACCUGAAAUUGCUUUAUUGUAAAUGCAUGUAUAGCUGAUUGACCUUGUGAAGGACAUGUAUACAUGUUUGGCUGUGAGAGCCAUCCAUAAUAUCAUUCUGCAUGUAAAGUCUGGAAGCUGUCUGUAUGUGAUCUGAUUGUUUGGCCAACCUCCUGCACUGUAAUACAACUGUAAAGAACCCCUUCCAUACUA